AUGUGUGUAACUAAAAAAUAUGUAAUGGGUUUUUUGUAUCUUAUCUCUUUGAAUGUUGAAGCGGAUUUCCUGAAUGUGCAAUCAAGUCAACAAAGCUAUAAUCCUGAAAAUGUUCGCGUGACGCGUCAAGCCGGGAUUCAGGAGCAACAGAUGUAUUAUGCCUAUCCGGUGCCAUCGAAUGGAGACACCGUCAAUAUCGGCUACUCCUCUUCGACUGCUGGUUCUACAGCUGUCGCUGGCGCCUCUGUUGGUGCUGGCAGUACAGGAGAAAUUUCCGGCGUCCAAAAUACCGCACAGGCAAGCUCGACUGGAACUGCAUCUGGUUAUAAUUACGGAACUCAAAAUUCUGCUACAUUGGGUAGCCUAAUAGCAUCAGGCCCUACUGGUUACAAUUAUAACACACCAACUUCAAACAUGGGUGCAGUUCAGUCUGGAAGUGUAUCGACUAACGCUCCUAAGUAUCUUCCUCCGAUAGCAGGUACAACAGAAAGUGGGCUAUCUGAUGUAGUGAAUAUAAGUCCAACUGUUCUACCUAACCUUGUACAACUGCCUGAAACGCAAUAUUUACCUCCAAAACCAGCCACUCCACCUCCACCGUCACAACCUGUACCAACUCUAGCCCAAACCCCGACACCUACUGCAACCCCUGCUCCAAAACCUAAUACCGAAUACUUACCACCUUCCACACCGGGAUAUGGAGUUGUAUCAACGCCUGCACCGACAUAUUUGCCACCAGUUCUAUAA